AUGUGUCGUUCUGCACAAAUAUCGGCUCCAAAUUUCUCCGGGGCUAUACUCACGACCUUCACGGCUAUACUCGGUGUAAUGUGUCUUCAGACAUGUAACAGUUCAUUUUCUAUCCGGUCGUCAUUAUCCAGCACCGAGUUGCCUCUCAUAUUGUUCGCCGCCCAAGGCCCUGCCACUUCUCAUUUUGAGCGCCGCCAGGGCACUUUUCAAUUACUGGAUAUCGAAACUCAUUCGUAUCUCAAUAGAAUGUAUAUGAUGAGGUUAACUUUCUCACAUGCUUGGGAUCCUCAAAAAACGCUUACUGUGAACAGUGAGAAUCGAAAUGGGCAACAAGGUGGUGGGGAAGAACAAUGUAACAGGAUGUCCCUGCGACCUGAAACGAGUAUUCUGGCCAUGCUCCAAAAAUUUAAAUACUCCAUGCUAGCAAGCUCGAAUAAUGCUAUUAUCUGGCGUAAGGUAAGAACCUUCAUGGGCCGUCGUAGCGCAAUGGUAGCGCGUCGCUUUCCUAUGGUAUUUGGAGGCGAAGGUUGCGAGUUCGAUCCUCGUCGUCGUUUAUGGUUGCGCACGAAAACCCCAGAGGAAGCAGGGGGUAAAUUCUGCUUUUUACCGACUCCUCCCCGAGAGGGGUGGGGUGAUUUGUCCCAUGAUUGUUUCUGUGAUCACCAGAUUCUCCGAGAAGGAUGCCUGAACCACCGCACAGUUAACUCGUUAUUCGAGUUGAGUGGACAAUGGCUAUUUGCCCUGCUUUGGUCCUAUGUUGCUUUGACUCCGGAUUUUUUUUCUGCACGCGCGCACUGCACAAAUUGGUUUUUCGACAAAAGCAACCCCUUGUCAGGCUUUGACCCGCCGGUAUACGCACCUAUUUCUCAGUCCUCCCCGUUGCCGGUAGUAAUGGAAUCAGGUCCGAGAGACGACGCGCUUCAAUGCAACUUCUGUCAUGAAAACCACGUCCGCACCGAUGACCAGAAUAUUCACGAACAAACACAAUGUAGCGACGGUGACGUAGCGGAAAAAUCUAUUGUCAGAGACCAUGAAGCCGAUCCUCCCAUCGAUGCCACCCAGAACAUUUUCUCCUGUCUAGAUGACGACACAGUCAGUCAGCCAUCUACGGACUCUUUUGACGUCCGUUCCCCAACCUGGGACUCUUCGCUAGACAAACUUCUCCAGUCGGAUAUUUGGGAUGAUUACGAUCCGGAUCAUUAUACUUAUGACCCGCUGUACUACACCAAACAGAUCCCAGAACCUGAGGCUAGCCUCUCUGACUAUCAGAUGACAUUGUCGCCCACUUGGAUUACUCCAGCCUUGAUAAGUGCACCGCUGGACUUCAAUUUCGAUCCCGCGCAUUGGUGGGGCAUUGACAGCGGAGAGGAUCCUUCAUCUUCAGAUGCGAACGCCGGCACCAGUGAAUCCCAUUCGUCUUCUACUGUGCCCGCGGCAUUGUCGCUUUCUUCUUCUACUUUGGAUCUCGAUGACCCAGAGACAUCAACUUCGUCUUCCUCAUUCGUCCUUGGGCUCAAUGAUUUCGAUAUGAGGGGAAUUUAUGUUCCCUAG